AUGCACGGCCUCAGCCGCCUUGGCAACGGCAACGGAAACGCUAGAUCCCUUGCUUCACCGCCUUCUUCGCCUCGGAUCCGUCACCUGAGGGGAAAAACCUCCAACCAAGGAAUUGGAGAGAGACUCGUCUUCUUACUCUUCUCAGUUGUUUUUAGGCGGAAAGGUGUCUUACUAUUGGCGCCUCUUCUCUACAUCGCCGGAAUGUUACUUUUCAUGGGCUCCUUUGGCUUCACUAUCCUCGAUCUAGGUCAUGGCGUCGAUAUUGUGUACAGACGAGCUCCGCCGGGUUCGGUUUACCGGAGUCCAAAGGUUUUUAAGCGUCUCUGGCCGAUGAUGGAAGCUGAUGCUAAUCGAAGGAGUCCCAAUGCGCUGAUGGAAGCAUGGAAGCCAAGAGUUAAAGGCAUGUGGAAACCUUGCAUAAGCACUAACGUUUCUGCUCCAGGAUCAAAUUCUAAUGGUUUCUUCAUAAUCGAAGCAAAUGGGGGCUUGAAUCAACAACGCUUGUCAAUAUGUGAUGCAGUUGCUGUGGCUGGACUGCUGAAUGCUACUCUUGUCAUUCCCAUUUUUCACUUAAACAGUGUAUGGCGUGAUUCCAGCAAAUUUGGUGAUAUAUUUGAUGAAGACUUCUUCAUAUAUGCGCUUAGUAAGAACGUGAAAGUAGUGAAAGAGCUCCCUAAAGAUGUACUUGAACGGUACAACUACAAUAUAAGCAGUAUUGUUAAUUUGAGACUAAAAGCUUGGUCGAGUCCCGCAUACUAUCUCCAUAAGGUGCUCCCACAACUAUUGCGUUUGGGGGCUGUUCGUGUUGCACCAUUCUCUAAUAGGUUAGCUCAUGCAGUUCCCGCACACAUUCAAGGACUUAGAUGCUUAGCAAAUUUCGAAGCAUUGAGAUUUGCAGAUCCCAUUCGGCUGCUUGCAGAGCAAAUGGUCAAUAGGAUGGUUACCAAGAGUGUUCAGAGCGGCGGAAACUAUGUUUCUGUUCAUCUCCGCUUUGAAAUGGACAUGGUCGCCUUCUCGUGUUGCGAAUAUGACUUUGGAGAGGAGGAGAAGCUAGAAAUGGAUAUGGCCCGAGAAAGAGGGUGGAAAGGAAAGUUCAGGCGGAGAGGCAGAGUGAUUAGGCCGGGUGCAAACCGCAUAGAUGGGAAAUGCCCUUUAACUCCACUAGAGGUGGGAAUGAUGCUUAGGGGAAUGGGUUUUAACAAUAACACAUUGGUUUACGUAGCUGCGGGAAACAUUUACAAAGCUGACAAGUAUAUGGCUCCUCUUAGGCAGAUGUUUCCUCUUCUCCAAACCAAGGAUACUCUAGCUACCCAAGAAGAACUUGCUCCGUUUAAGGGUCACUCAUCCAGAUUGGCUGCUCUUGACUACACAGUAUGCCUCCACAGUGAAGUGUUUGUAUCCACACAAGGUGGAAACUUCCCUCAUUUCUUGAUAGGUCACCGUCGCUACCUUUACAAAGGCCACGCUGAGACAAUCAAACCAGAUAAGCGGAAACUAGUCCAGCUCUUGGAUAAACCGAGCAUUAGAUGGGACUACUUCAAGAAACAAUUGCAAGAUAUGCUUAGGCACAAUGAUGCAAAGGGAGUCGAAUUAAGAAAACCCGCUGCGUCUCUUUACACGUUCCCCAUGCCUGAUUGUAUGUGCAAAGAACCUGACCCCAAACCUGAAACCGAUCCAGCUUAAACCCGGUUCUUGCGGUUCAAUGUCAGUAAUGCAAAGUACGAUAAUUGUUUAUGACUCCAACUAUACAUGUAACUUAUAUGUGUUGUAUCAUGUUUCCUUUCCUGUAUAACCAUCUAGUUUCCUCCCAAGUUCGAGGACUCUUGAUAUUGAAUUUUGUGUAUAUAACAUUCUUUCAACGUUAAUGGCGCUUGUCCCUUUUGUUGUAGUGUUUUUUCACAUUUUGUUCAGUAUUUGAUAAUCUAUUUAAU